AUGAGCAGCCACGCCUCUCCGCUCAACCUCCUGGUCACCAGUGGCACUGAGACGGCUGUCGUCCCCGAGACCGUGACGGCCGUGCUGGGCAGCGGCACCCCGUCCGGGCCCCAGGCCAAGGCAGCCACGUCCACCCAGGCCAGGAGCAUUGCCGGGGUGUACGUGGAGGCCUCGGGCCAGGCCCAGCGUCUCUGCGCUGUCAUGAAGCAGGGUCUCCUGCCCUUUGGGCUCGGGCUGGCUCUGCUGGAGGCCCAGGCGGCCACCGGGGGCCGCACGGACCCCGGGCAGGGCCAGCUGCUCCUCGUGUCUGAGGCCCUGCGGCAGGGAAGGAGGUUGUGGACAGGGCACUGGGCUGGAACUGCGGAGGCCCAGCUGGCCACGGGGGGCCUGGUGGACCCCAUCCAGGGCGUGCGCGUGGCCGCUGAGCUGGCCUGCCAGCAAAGCCUCUUGGCCCAGGAGACAUGGUGUGGGCUGUUGGAGCUUGGGCCCGGCUCAAGUGCCCCAGGCUUCCUGGACCCCAACACGCUGGAGCAGCGGCCAUACCGGGAGCUGCUAGGCAGGUGUGUGCGGGCCCCCAGCACGGGGCUGGGCCUGCUGCCCCUCAAGAUCACUUUCCGUACGCUGAGUGGGGCACUGAGCUUGGCCGAGCUGCUGGAGGUGGGGGUCCUGGACGGGGAGACGGCCCGAGGCCUGCGGGAGGGCAGGCUGGCGGUGCCGGAUGUGGGUGCACGCACCGAGGUGCAGCGCCACCUGCAGGGCACCGGCGGUGUGGCAGGGGUCGUCCUGCUGCCUGCAGGGCACAAGAAGAGCUUCUUCCAGGCCACGGCCGAGCACCUGCUCCCCAUGGGCGCCACGCUUCCGGUCCUGGAGGCUCAGGAUGCCACCUGCAUGCUGGUGGACCCAGCCACCGGCCGGCAGCUGUGGGUGGAUGAGGCGGUCAGGGCAGGCCUGUUUGGACCAGAGCUCCACAGGCAGCUCCUGGCAGCAGAGCAGGUGGUGACGGGGUAUCAUGACCCCUUCAGUGGCACCCGAAUCCCCCUAUUCCAGGCCAUGAAGAGGGAGCUGGUGGACCGGCCUCUGGCGCUGAGGCUCCUGGUUGCCCAGCUGGCCACAGGCGGGCUAGUGUGUCCUGCCCGCAGGCUCCAGCUCCCCUUGGAGGCCACCCUGCACUUCGGCUGCCCGGACAAAGAGACUCGGCAGCAUCUCUCGCAGGCGGCUGGCUUCUCGGACCCCGGCAUGCAGGAGAGCCUCAGCUACGGGCAGCUGCUGGCCCACUGUGUCACCGACCCAGAGACGGGACUGGCCUUCCUGCCCAGCUCAGUGGGGAGCCCUGGAGAGGAGCCACAGGGGCCCCCGUUCACUGAGCACAGCACCCGGCAGGCCUUGAGAGCCGCCGUGGCCACCGUCUCCAUGGGCACGUUCCAGGGCUGGCCCGUGUCGCUCUGGGAGCUGCUGUUCUCCGAGGCAGUCCCCGUGGAGCAGAGGGUGACGCUGAGCCAGCAGCACAAGGACGGGGCCCUCUUGGCGGAGGAGCUGGCGGCUGCGCUGAGGGCCGCCCACGAGCAGGCUGCAGCCACUGCCAGGACCACCUUUGCUGGGUGAGGAUCC